AUGGGGACAGAGCCGAAAGUUGUGCUGCCCGCCGUCGACAGAAAUCGACGGCGCAACGAGUUGCUUCGCAUGGAGGCGAAGGCAGCGGCGCUCGAGGCGGUGGCGGCGCGGGAGCAGCUGGAGCGCCUUGAGCGCAGGGUCCGCUCCGUGAUUUGUGGACGUGAGCAUGAGAAGCGGUACCGGCUGCUGUGGCACUACCAGGAAGAGAAGGCGCGGGUGGAGCGCGAGACCGCCGUCGUCGAGGCCAGGGCGCUGGCGCUGCAGCGGGAGCGCUACACGCGGGGCGUGCGCGACUUUCAGGCGCGCGGCCACGUGCUUCACCUCGAGACGGUCGCCCGCGCCCAUACGAACGUGGAGGAGGCGGACGCGCGCCGCCACAUCGCCUCGCUGCUCGAGACGGUGCUGCUGGAGGAAAGGGCUCGGCAGGCUGCGCGUGAAGCUGACGCGGCGGUGUCCAUCUUCCACGACCUCAAGGGUGUGCGCGACUGGGAGUGCCGCAUCGCCGAGGCGUCGUUUCGUCCUACCAGGCCAUUCACCCCCACCACACAACUCGUUACCCGCCGCGGUACCGGCACCGGCGGCUACCACGGCAGGACGGAUCUCCUCAUGGACUAUGCUGUCUGCGAGGAGGAAUGGCACGCGCGCAUCAACAUUGUGUGGAAGGAGCGCGUCGCAUUCCUUCCGCUCGAGUUUCAGCACAGUGUGGCGCAGCUCAUGUACGUUGAGGAGCCGCGUGAGCGCGCCAUGGUGGAGGAGCCCUGUAGGUAUGGCAGCUUCCAGGCGGUGCUGAGCGCAUCGUUGCGGAUACAGCGAUGGUGGCGCAUGCUGCGAAGAACGCCGUGGCAGGAGCGGAGGCGGGAAGCGCUUAGGCGAUGCGUCGCGGAAAAGCGCAACCAGAUGACGUCACACGACUUUCACCUUGUGCUUGAUCGAAUGAGACGACAGCCGGCGGCUGUUGCCGACGUCCCGUCGCCAGAGGAGGUGCAGAAGUCGCUUGCUGCCGUUGAACGGGCUGCGGAACUCGCGUACAAGUACGAGUUGGACUACUUUGUCUACACCUUGAUGAACCGCGCCGCAAAUCUUCAGGCGACGGAGGCACAUCGGCUGUGCUCCCUCCAACUUGCAAAGGACGAUGGUACGGCACCGGUUCCGCCAAUUGUUGCGCUGCUUCGCGUGCCGUACCGUGUGUACGUUCGGCAGCAGCCGCUGCAGCCGUAUCCGCUGUGGCGCGCUCUGCGUUGGGUCGAGGGCUCGACGUCGUUCCUGCUGCAGGCGAAGUUGCAAGAGGCGGAGGCGGCGCAGGCGAGGGAGGCGCUGCUGCAGCGCGAGGCGAAGGAGGCUGACACACUUCGGAUGUACCACGCAGCGUUAAAACGGGGCGCAUGGGCGUGGCGCUCGCUCUACACUUCCUUCCUCCUCUUUGAGCAGGACGAAGAAAUUUGCCGUGGCCUCGUGCAAAGCGAAGAACAGGACAGCCGGGCCAUCAUUACAGGAGAGGCGGCUGCCAUGCUGACGCAGUGCUAUGCAUCCGCUGGGGAAAGGUGGCAUCUGUUGCAGGAAGAAACGAGACGACGGCAGUUGCUGGCCGAUGAGGAGCGGGACGAAUUCACCCGCGCCACGGCAGGGGAGUGGCGCUGGCACAACCUCCUGCAGGUGCGCAUACGUUUGAAGGAGUCGUGCGGCGGCAAGCUGCGCUGGAAGAUCGCGCUCAACCAGGGCCUAGGCUGGCGAUUCCUCUCUCUCGACACGGCAGCGUGCGUCCUGCAGCGCUUCUUCCGCGUAGCUCUUGCCCGCGUUCGCCGUGCGCGCGGCAAGGCGACGGGCCCGGCGCCCGAGGCGGUGCUCGUCGCGACUGCCGCGGACAUGAUGGAGAUUCUAUCGGCGCAGUUCCGCGAGGGCGCGGAGACAGUGCGGCGGGGCACGUCCCACCAUGGCUCCGCGGAGAACCGCAUGGACACGGCGGUUGGCCUCUUCUCCGCGUGGUUCGACGAGAAGGCGCAUGCGCCAAUGGAGCGGGAGUACAAGGAGAUUGUGGCCCGCUUCCUGGAGACGAACAGGGGGCUCUACCAGCGCAUGCACCUCCUCUUUGCGGUGGCGCGGAAAGGCCGGGAACGCAUCGCCCAGCAGGAGGCGCAAGAGCGUGACUCCCUGUGCCACACCGACACAUUCUUCUUCAUCGCCACGCACGAGCUCGGCGUGCUGGAGGCGGUGCAGCGCCAGCGCCUUGAGGCGGAGGCCGAAGUGGUGACGUCGCACUGGCACGACCGCGCCGAGGUCCUUGCCUCUCUCACCAAAUACACAUCCCCUGUCGUCGGAACAACGGCUAAAAAACGGAUCACUGCGGGCCGGUUUCUGCCGCGUAUGAGCUGCACGGAGCGGCUCCUCAGCCGCGAGGAAGUUGCACGUACUCGCGUCCUCGUGGAGGAGCGACAGGAGCGUUGCGCAUUCGUGCUGUCGCUGCACGCUGUGCAACGCGACGCCAUGGUGCAGGAGGAGCAGCAGGAGCGGGAAGCGGUGUGCGAGCGUGUCGAUAGCUGUUGCCCGGCCAGCCCACCCGUUGCGCAGCUUGCGCUUCUGAUGUGCGCGGAGACGGCGGAACGGCGCGCUAUUGAGGACGCUGCGCGGCGAAGUUACGCCCUGCCGCUGGAGCGCGGGUGCCUGCUGUACGCGCAGCAGACACUUCUUCCACAGUUCCUGCGCGGUCACCUGAGUUUUGCGAGCGAGGCGCGGCACUUCGACAGGCAUCUCACGGAGCUGCUGUUGCGGCGUGUCGCGCUCCUUGGGAGCAAACGAGACGAGUUGGUGGCGGCAGAGGUGUGCGCGCGCGCCCGGGUAGAGCACUUGGAGGAGGUGCACCGCCGCUUGUAUUUGGCCAGCUGCUUCCUCGCUUGA